AUGAAUCAUAAAAAAAUUGUAGAUUUAGCAAUAAGAGAGGUUUUUGUUCAUAUGGCUAAAAUAGGCAAAGGGAUUCAGAUUCCUCUAUCAUGGGUACCUGCUAAGGAUGGAAAUGUCCCUAAUAAUGCUCUCAGUGUUACUCGUGGUAUCUAUGUGGUUCGUUGCAAACACGAUGGUCAAUGGAUUCCUGGGAAGGCUGCAACUGGACAUAAUGCAGCUUAUUAUCCAUAUGAUGGUGAAGAAAAGAAUACAAAAGAAUAUGAAGUCCUGUGUGAUACAUCGUUUUCAGGACAUCAAGGAUAUGAAUGGUUACAUGCAUCAUAUGGUGGUGUGCCGAAAAAUGCAAUCAUUGCUGGCAUGUCAGGUUUUGAUCCACUAUACAUAGCCAAAUCUUCAAUUAAUGGAGAACCAUCUGUUGGAAAGGUACAUAGUGGCCAUGAAUGUGCAUAUUUACCAUGGGGUGGUAAAGAACAUUCAGUGAAAGAAUAUGAAGUUUUAGUUUGGAAAAAGUGAAACUGAUUUUGUUGCUCUGAUCUCCAAGAUCAUCGAAAGAUUAUCUCUUUUAUAACUGUUUCCAUUUAAUUAGAAGGAACAAUAAAAUGAUUAGAUAAAAGUGUAUCUCUUCGUGUUAAAAAAUAACUUGAUGUACAAUUAUCAAUAAAAACAUCAUAACAAAAACAUACUACAAAGAUUUCUUAGUAAAAUGAAAUUAAAAAUAACUGCUGUUUGUUCAUUGUUUUUG